CGCUGGAGUUAUGAGGGGGAACUAGAGCAACUGCAGCCAGCGUGAGCGAGCAAGGGAAAAGCCUCGCGCGUUUCAGUGAAGCCCUGCGCGUGGGAAGAAUGAGUAGAAUCAACUGAACUGCGCACUUUAAUAACAGCCUACGUUUUUUUUAAUCACAGAAACGGUGUGUAGUUCUUUUUUUGGGCUCGACAGAAUCGAGUUAGUUUAGCGUUUAGAAGAUUUAACCCACUUGUGUCCUUGACUUCAACAGCGAUCAUUUUGGAGUUGUUUUUAACGUUUGAAUUACCUCAGCCUCGAGUGGCGGGAUUAAGGGGGCCGGGAGAGAGGGAAGGGAAGGUGGGGCAGAGUGAGUCAAACGGACCGAGCGCUCACUUCUGUCCGCCCGCUUCAACCGAACCAUCAACGGAUAUUUUUUUCCCCUUAAAACCGAAAGGAAUCAAUCAUUUUUUUGUUUAUCGGAAUUUGGAGAGCGAUAACGUCGGCUGUCAGCGUUUCUUUUCGCCGCACAUUCCAGGUACUCUGAAGUAUCUACGCUGUAACGGUUAAUCCUCUGAUAUUUACCGUUUGGACGGAUUUUUGGGGGGAGUGUAAAUUCCCCGGUCUUGUUGGACCAUGGCCGACGACGACGUGCUCUUUGAAGAUGUUUACGAGCUGUGCGAGGUCAUUGGCAAGGGGCCGUUUAGUGUGGUACGAAGAUGCAUAAACAGGGAGACGGGCCAACAGUUUGCCGUGAAGAUUGUGGAUGUGGCCAAAUUCACAUCCAGCCCUGGGCUCAGUGCAGAAGAUCUGAAGAGGGAAGCGAGCAUCUGCCACAUGCUGAAACAUCCUCACAUAGUGGAGCUUCUGGAGACCUACAGCUCUGAUGGGAUGCUCUACAUGGUGUUUGAGUUCAUGGAUGGAGCAGAUCUCUGCUUUGAGAUUGUGAAGAGAGCAGACGCUGGUUUUGUUUACAGUGAGGCAGUAGCCAGUCACUACAUGAGACAGAUCCUAGAGGCUUUGCGGUACUGCCAUGACAACAACAUCAUUCACCGGGAUGUGAAGGACAGUGAAGCAAAUGCCACAAACAAAUGCCACAGCCCAGAUGACACCGCAGAAAAGCACGCUCCAUCGGCUAUGCAGGAACACCCGCCUACAGGACGACCUCUGGAACUUCAAAUAACGAUCUACACUUAUGAAGCCCAUUCAAAUCAAUUUAAUAAAGGGGAGUAUUUCUUCAUUGUUUAUCGAAACGGGAACACACUAAACCAUCCCUGGCUCAAGGAGAGAGACCGCUAUGCCUACAAGAUCCACCUUCCUGAGACAGUGGAGCAGCUGAGGAAGUUCAAUGCCAGGAGGAAGCUAAAAGGCGCAGUGCUUGCCGCAGUCUCCAGUCACAAGUUCAGCUCUUUCUAUGGUGACCCACCAGAAGAACUGCCUGACUUCUCUGAGGACCCUACUUCAUCAGGACUACUAGCAGCGGAAAGGGCUGUGUCACAAGUGCUAGACAGUUUGGAGGAAAUCCAUGCGCUGACUGACUGCAGUGAGAAAGACCUGGACUUUCUUCACAGCGUCUUCCAGGACCAUCACCUCCACACAUUGCUUGAUCUCUACGACAAGAUAAACACCAAGUCUUCGCCACAAAUCAGGAGUCCUACAAGUGACGCCGUUCAGAGAGCCAAAGAGGUACUGGAGGAGAUUUCAUGCUACCCGGAGAAUGCAGACGCUAAAGAACUGAGACGGAUUCUAACCCAGCCCCAUUUCAUGGCCUUACUUCAGACUCAUGACGUUGUGGCCCAUGAGGUGUACAGUGACGAGGCACUGAGGGUCACCCCACCCCCCACAUCACCAUAUCUCAACGGAGACUCACCUGAUAGCACGAACGGAGACAUGGACAUAGAGAAUGUUACACGAGUGCGCCUAGUUCAGUUCCAGAAGAACACAGAUGAACCAAUGGGCAUCACAUUGAAAAUGAACGACUUGAACCAUUGCAUCGUGGCAAGAAUAAUGCAUGGAGGAAUGAUCCACAAACAAGGAACUUUGCAUGUUGGAGACGAGAUCCGGGAGAUCAACGGCAUAAGUGUAGCAAAUCAAACGGUGGAGCAGCUUCAGAAGAUGCUUCGAGAUAUGAGAGGCAGCAUCACCUUUAAGAUUGUGCCAGGCUACCGCAUACAGCAGUCAUCCUGUGAGAAAGAAUCCCCCUCCACCUCCAGACAGUCCCCUGCUAAUGGCCAUUCCAGCAUUAACAGUUCUAUCUUGGACUUGCCGUUAACCAUCCAGCCAAAAGGACGCCAGAUCUUUGUACGGGCACAGUUUGAGUAUGAUCCGGUGAAGGAUGACCUCAUCCCCUGUAAAGAGGCAGGGAUUCGCUUCAGGGUGGGUGACAUAAUCCAGAUUAUCAGCAAAGAUGACCAUAACUGGUGGCAAGGCAAGCUGGAAAACACCAAGAAUGGCACGGCGGGACUGAUUCCCUCACCUGAACUUCAGGAGUGGAGGGUGGCUUGUAUAGCCAUGGAGAAAACCAAGCAAGAACAGCAGGCAAGCUGUACUUGGUUUGGCAAGAAAAAAAAGCAGUACAAAGACAAAUACCUAGCAAAGCACAACGCAGAUCUGGUCACAUAUGAGGAAGUGGUGAAGUUGCCAGCAUUCAAGAGGAAAACAUUAGUUUUACUAGGUGCUCACGGUGUUGGCCGAAGACACAUCAAGAAUACACUCAUCACCAAACACCCAGACAGAUUUGCUUAUCCCAUUCCACACACUACCAGACCUCCAAAGAAAGAUGAAGAGAACGGCAAGAAUUAUUUCUUUGUAUCCCAUGACCAAAUGAUGCAGGACAUCUCCAACAAUGAUUACCUGGAGUACGGCAGCCAUGAGGAUGCAAUGUAUGGCACACAGUUGGAGACAAUACGCAAGAUCCACGAGCAGGGACUCGUAGCCAUACUGGACGUAGAGCCACAGGCACUGAAGGUUUUACGGACAGCUGAAUUUGCUCCCUAUGUGGUUUUCAUUGCUGCACCAACUAUCACUCCCGGCAUGAAUGAGGAUGAGUCAUUACAGAGGCUGCAGAAGGAGUCCGAGAUCCUCCAGAAGACCUAUGCACACUAUUUUGACCAAACCAUCAUCAAUAAUGAGAUUGACGAGACUAUUCGGCUCCUGGAGGAAGCCAUAGACCUGGUUUGCACCACUGGCCAGUGGGUUCCAGUAUCCUGGGUCUACUAAAACAGCAAACCCAUCAACCUGUAACCUUGCACCCUUCAUAAUCUCACACUGUGCAGUGCAUCUCUGCAAGAAAAAAAACCCUCAGAACUCUCCCCAUGAUUCAAACAGAAGUCCACCAACAACAUCAAUGUACCUGCUGUGAGCCUAGCCUUGGCCCCUCACAGACUACCUAGACGUGGUGUUGUAUUAAUGGAAAAAAUAAUAAAAAUAAAAUAAAUACUAAAUAUUGUCAUGUCUAUAUCGUUAGGAGACUGAUUUAAAGAGACAAUAUCCUACAUGAUGCAUUUUCCUGCAUUUGUUUUUGUUUUUCUGCCCAUUUUUCUGUUAUUACCAGAGCAAAAGUGCAGUAUUCUUA